AAUUUAUUAGUAUUAUUUUUUGUAUUUUAAUUCUUGAUUUUAAUUAUGGAAAAUGACGAAAGUAAGAUACAAUGGGUGGGCCAAGUAAUCCCUUCAGAAAAUGCUCUAAUACGUCGCUUCAAUGCAAAUUGUUACAGGUCUGUUCGUUAUAAUGAGAUGCUUAUAUCUGUCAAUGAUUAUGUAGUAAUUAUUAAAGAGAAUGAAUCAAAUUCAAGUUUUGAUUCUGAUGUUGCAAGAAUUAAAGAAUUAUUUGAAGCAACUGGUGGUGCAUGUGAUGAUGGCAAAUAUAGAGCAAUAGUUGAGUGGUACUCUAGACCACGAGAUUUAGAAAAGUUUUGUAAAGAUGUUGAAAUGGAUCCCGAAAAUGAGGUGGUAUUAGACUUGAGGCCCUUUGAUGAUAAUGUUAGUAUAGAAAGCAUUCAUGUAAAAUGCAAUGUACUUUUAUCAAAAGCGGAUGAUGAUCCAGGUGGUCUUGUUAAAGGAACAAAAAAGAAAGUAACUACUUACGUUUGCCGUUACGCUUUAAUAAGAAAAUAUAAUCAAGUAAAAUUUGUUCUAGCACCAGUCCUUGAUUAUUUGCAGGGGGUUUUUGAUGUCAAAGACAAAAUAAGUACACCAACUUCCUCAAAUUCGGGAGAACCAAGAAAAUCUACACCAAGAAGAACAAACAGAGAAAGAUCUUCGUCUUCUUAUAACUAUUUAUCUUAUAAAUCAAUGAGUACAAUAAAUGAACCUGAGGUUGUUAAAACACCAACUCGAGGAAGAAAAGCAGCUAUUCUGAAUAAUAUAUCUACUAACAAUUCUCCAAGAACUCCCAGACGUAGAUCAUUACUUAUUGAUGUGUUAAGUACGCCGCGGAUUCCUGAAACGCCAAAAAGAACAAGAACGCCUAAACAAAAUGAAAACCGGGAAAACAAAACAGAACAGCAGUGGAGUAUUAAAAGGAAAUCAACAUCACAAAUUAUUAAAGAUAUUACUAAUAAAGAUCCUAACAUGAGUCCAGAAAUCCCCAUUGUAUCGCCCAUCAAAUUAAUUAAUAAAUCAAUUUUAUCUAAAGUGAAUGAAAAUAAAACUUUAACCGAGCGUGAUAUAUCUCAAGAACUUGACUCUGAUGAUGAACCUCUCCAACUUAAUAUAAAGAAAAUUGGAGCGCGUAGAAAUUUAAAUGACAGUCUUCAAUGUUUUAGUGAUGAUAUGGAUACUGAUGAUUGUGCGCCUCAAGUUCAAUAUUCAGUUGUUUUAGAUAAGAAUGAGCCAAAUAAGAUAAAACUUCGAGUUAGUGAUGAUUCAAUAAGGAACAAAUCAUGCAUACAGGAUGUAGCUUAUGAUUCUUUCCAAUCAAGCGAAGAAUCCAUUUCCUCACUGAAUUCAGAUUAUGACAAUUUAAAUUUAAAAGCAUCAAUUGUGAAAUUACAAAAAAUGAAUUUGGAAGAGGUGAAGAGAAAUAUUGAUAAACAAAUCAAAUCUAAAACAAAUGAAAAAGUAGUAAGAUCUUCUAGUAGAUCUAGAAAAAUUAAUAGUAGAUACUCCAAUGAUUAUGAUUCGAGUCCAACAAAAGUGUCUGCUUCAUCAAAGUCUAGAGUGAAAAGAAAUGCUAAGGCUGACAAUUCAAAAGAUGAUGAAAUGGAAGUUGUAACCAAUCUGAGUACUCCAGUAAAAUCGAGAAAAAUUGAAGAGUUGCAUGUGACACCAAAGCAUGCAAAGAAAUCGGAACCAAAAACACCAUGUACUACACCGGGUAUAAGAUUAAAACAAUUCAAGUCUGGAAAUAUGACGCCAACUUUGCAACUGAGAGAUGCACCUAGUACACCAUCAAGUGGAUUGAGUUUAGCAAGAGAAAGAUUGCAUGUAUCAGCAGUGCCAAAAAGUCUACCGUGCCGAGAAACAGAGUUUAAUGAUAUAUUUACUUUUGUACAAGGAAAAUUGUUGGAUAAUAGUGGAGGGUGCAUGUAUAUAUCAGGUGUACCAGGUACUGGUAAAACAGCAACAGUUACAGAAGUAAUAAAAUGUUUACAAAAGCUCUCAAAAGAGAAAAAAUUGCCCAAGUUUGAGUUCAUUGAAGUUAACGGCAUGAGACUUACUGAACCUCGACAGACUUAUGUCCACAUUUAUCGUCAAAUGGAAGGUAAAACUGUUCCUUGGGAACAAGCUCUAUCAGCUUUAGACAAGAAGUUUACAACAUCUGCAAAGUCUAGGUUAUCAACUGUGCUAUUAGUUGAUGAGCUCGACAUUUUAUGCACAAAACGUCAAGAUGUUGUUUAUACUAUUUUGGAUUGGCCAUCAAAAGCUAAUGCUAAAUUAAUUGUUAUAACUAUUGCAAAUACAAUGGAUUUACCUGAACGGCUAUUGAGAGCUAAGGUUACUUCAAGACUUGGUCUUACAAGACGGACAUUUGCUCCUUACUCGCAUAAACAAUUAAUGGAUAUUGUCAUGUCAAGACUUUAUGGUAUAGAUCUCUUUAAUUCUGAUGCUGUUCAACUUGUUGCAAGAAAAGUAGCUGCGGUAUCUGGUGAUGCAAGACGUGCACUGGACAUAUGCAGACGUGCUACAGAAAUAGCAGAAUUUACUGAAUCUUCUAAUAAAAGUAAGAAUUCAAAUGGUGCUGCUAUAGUUUCUAUGGUUCAUGUGAAUCAAGCCUUAUCGGAAAUGAUUACCAGUGCCAAAGUCACUGCAAUUCAAAAUUGUAGCACAAUGGAAAAGAUAUUCUUACAAGCUGUUGCUGCUGAGGUUGCAAGAACAGGUGUUGAAGAAACAACAUUUGGAUGUUGUUAUCAACAUGUUUCAUCUCUCUGUGCUUUAGAGGGUUUACAAAACUUAGCAACCAGUACUGCUUUAUCGAUUUGUUGUAGACUUGGUUCGAGAAGGUUACUUAUUACUGAGACGGGUCGCUCUGAUUUAAAUAUGAAGAUUUUGUUAAAUGUUGGGUCUGAUGAUUUGCAUUAUGCGUUACAAGAAGUAUAGCUUUUUAUAAUUCAUACGCAACAUUAAUAUUUAAUAUAUAUUGAUAAUUUUAGGUUUUAUUUAUGAUUGCAUGUUUUAUUGAAACUGGUUUUUAAAUGCAUUUGUUGAAUAUUUCUACAUUAGUUUAUUACAUGAAUGUCACACACGUUAA